CCCUCAGUUUUCCGCAGCUCUGCUGGGGAGGAGGAAAAGCGGCGGGUGAGGAGCUGGGCAAGGCCGGUAGCGCCGGCAGCCGGCGGGGAGGGAGGGAAAGAGGGAGCCCAGUGCUCCGGGUGCUUUUUCCUCUUUAAUCCCUUCCCUGCUUGAGUCAGAGGCUGAAGUCACCGGCAGGAACAUCGCGAAGCUUUUCACCCACCUCGGGGAGUCUGUCUGCCCCACAAAGAAUGUGCUGAUCCCCCGUGAGUGGGAUUUUGGGGCAGCAGAGCCGCAUGAGACCGGGAACUCAUCACACAGAAUCAACCCCCGAUCCGGCCCUUCCAUGGCUUCAGCGAUGUCGCCAGGGAAAGCAGAGAAAAGAAUCGCUUCAUCCAUCUUCAUCACCCUCGUGCCACCACGGAGGGACGUGGCCACCAAGGAGAAAACCCAGCGGGAGCCGCAGGCAGGCGGUGCCGAGGUCCCCGGCACCCAGCAGCCCCAGAUCCUGCUGUCACCCCCCCAGUUACCCAACGGAGAAACCCACACGGUGGCCCCUGUACCUGCAUCCCCACCAGUCCUGCCCCUCUCUGAAGUGCCCCAGCCCUUGUCCGUGGAGCCGCUGGGUCUGGCACUGCAGCAGCUGGACCUUGCAGCACCUGCCACCCUCCAGGCCCCUUCCACCUUCCCUGCUGAACUGAAGCCACCCACAUUUUCCCAGGAGCAAGCAGGCAAGCAGCAGUGGCAGGAUGUGAAUGGGGACCCGGAGAGGGACAGCUCCAGAGACAUCUGUGCCUUCUGCCACAAGGCGCUGGGGCCGCGGGAGCCGACGGUGGAGGCGAUGAGGAAGCAGUACCACCCUGACUGCUUCACCUGCCGCACGUGCCGCCGGCUCCUGGCUGGGCAGCGCUACUUCCAGAGAGACGGGUGCCCCACGUGUGACACCUGCUUCCAGGCCACGCUGGAGAAAUGUGCCAAGUGCCAGGGGCUGAUCACGGAGCACAUUGUCCGUGCCCUGGGCAAGGGUUACCACCCCAGCUGCUUCUCCUGCGCUGCCUGUGGCCGGGCCAUCGGCACGGAGAGCUUCGCCUUGGACGAGCAGGGUGACGUGUACUGCGUGCCUGACUACUACAGGAAAUACGCUGUGGUGUGCAGCGCCUGCCAGCGCCCCAUUGUCCCCCACGAGGACGAGGACACCUACAAGAUCGAGUGCUUGGGACGCAGCUUCCACGAGAGCUGCUACCGCUGCGAGAGCUGCAGGAUGCCCCUGUCACCGGAGCUGACAGAGAAUGGGUGCUACCCCCUGGAUGACCACCUCCUCUGCAAGUCCUGCCACAUCCACUGGCGCAACGAGUCGUCCUGCUGAGACCCUGCAGCUCACCAUCCCCUUCCAGUGCCAGGCACCAAAACGGGGGGUGCCCACAGUGGGAUGCACCCCAUGGUUGACUCUGGGUGCCUGCUGCACCCCCAAAUUACUGAAUUACUGCAGAACUGGGUUUUCAUCACCAAAAUGUCCCCAGGUCCCUGACCCAGUGGGUUGGCAGGGUGGAGAAUUGUGGAUAUGCCCCGACACAGCUCUGCGCUCAUGAUAAAUCUAAAAUGCCCUGACAGAGCAGCAAUGAGGAAUGGAGGGUUUGUUCUUUCUUUCUUUUUUUUUUUAAAUCCUUUUUCCAAAGGCCAGUUUGGUUUUCUUGGGUGGUGUUUCUUUCUUCUGAAGCUUCCUUGGUGUUUCACUGAAAUGUUUCUCUCUGUGGAGAGCGGGCACUGAUUUAGUUACUCGCAGUUAAAUAAAACCCCAAGUUUAAAAACUCUCA